GCCACCAAAAGUUUGUUGUUGAGGACAGGCCACACGCUUCGCCUUCACAAAUAUCUCUUCAGAGUUUAGAGUGUUCCCCAUUAGCCUCUUCAAAAUUGGGCUCUAAAAAUGCUAUAUUUUCUCGUGGUUUCUCUUUUCUGUCCAUGCUUUAUGGUGGAAAUUUAUUUGCUUUACAAAACCAGAACUUCAUAUUCUUUUUCUUGAGUCAAAAGACCCGUUUUUGGAUUUAAGUUCCUGGGUUUGGAAUUCGCUAAAUUUUUUCACAACCGGAUUGUUAUUUCAGAAAAUUUGAGGUGACCCAGUUGGGAUUUUGCAGAUAUAUUACUGACCCAGAUUGAGAUUUCAUGGACACUUUACUCAAAACACAUAAUAAGCUUGAAUUCUUGCACCCACUACGUGGGUUUUCGGAGAAAGUUGGCAAUUCAAACCCAUCCAGGCUUCAGGAACUUAGAUUUGGACUAAAGAAGCCAAACCCGAAAUGGGGUAGGACUGCUUGUGUUAAGGUUAGUAGUAGUGCUCUUCUGGAGCUUGUGCCUGAAACCAAGAAGGAGAAUCUAGAUUUUGAGCUUCCCUUGUAUGACCCGUCAAAGGGUCUUGUGGUGGACCUUGCAGUUGUGGGAGGCGGUCCGGCGGGGCUCGCGGUGGCGCAGCAGGUCUCCGACGCAGGGCUUUCGGUGUGUUUGAUUGACCCGUCUCCAAAAGUAAUUUGGCCCAAUAAUUAUGGUGUUUGGGUGGAUGAAUUUGAGGCCAUGGAUUUGCUUGAUUGCCUUGACACCACCUGGUCUGGUGCUGUUGUGUUCAUAGAUGAAAAAUCUAAAAAGGAUUUAGGUAGGCCUUAUGGGAGGGUUAACAGGAAGCAGCUGAAGUCGAAAGUGAUGCAAAAGUGCAUAUCAAAUGGUGUUAAGUUUCACCAGGCUAAAGUUAUUAAGGUUAUUCAUGAGGAGGCUAAGUCACUUUUGAUCUGCAAUGAUGGUGUCACUAUUCAGGCUACUGUGGUUCUUGAUGCGACUGGCUUUUCAAGAUGCCACGUGCAGUAUGAUGAGCCCUAUAAUCCAGGUUACCAAGUGGCUUAUGGGAUUUUGGCCGAAGUUGACGAACACCCGUUUGAUGUAGAUAAAAUGGUAUUCAUGGACUGGAGAGAUUCCCAUCUCAACAAUAAUAAGGAGAUAAAAGAAAGGAACAGUAGGAUUCCUACUUUUCUAUAUGCAAUGCCCUUUUCGUCCAAUAGGAUAUUUCUUGAAGAAACGUCUUUAGUAGCUCGGCCUGGAUUAGCCAUGAAGGAUAUUCAGGAAAGGAUGGUUGCUAGGUUAAGACACUUGGGCAUAAAUGUCAAGAGCAUUGAAGAGGAUGAACAUUGUGUCAUUCCAAUGGGCGGGCCUCUUCCGGUGCUUCCUCAAAGAGUUGUUGGAAUUGGUGGUACAGCAGGGAUGGUGCACCCUUCAACUGGUUAUAUGGUGGCGAGAACUUUGGCGGCAGCACCUAUUGUUGCUAAUUCCAUAGUUCAGUAUUUAGGCUCAAAUGGAAGCCUUUCGGGACAUGAAUUAUCUGCAGAAGUUUGGAAAGAUCUAUGGCCCAUACAGAGGAGGAGACAAAGGGAGUUCUUCUGUUUCGGUAUGGAUAUUCUGCUUAAGCUUGAUUUGCAAGGCACUCGAAGAUUUUUUGAUGCGUUUUUUGAUCUAGAGCCCCAUUAUUGGCACGGGUUCUUGUCAUCUCGACUCUUCCUCCCUGAACUUAUACUUUUUGGGCUUUCAUUGUUUUCUCAUGCCUCCAAUACUUGUAGAGUAGAGAUCAUGGCAAAGGGAACUCUUCCUUUGGCAAAAAUGAUCAACAAUUUGAUACAGGAUAGAGAUUAGGUUGGAUAUGAUAUCUAAUUUGAUGUAUGCUGAAUGUGUCAAUUAUCUGCAAUUUGGGAUUCAAGUUACUGUUGCUUAAAAGGCUGGGAAUCAGCUGUAAUGCAUUUAUAUUGUAUUAUAUGAAAUCCUGUGGUUAAUAGAAAUUCCUUUUUGGGUGAAACUGUUUUAGAGUGUCGCAAUUUUUUUUUGCAUAAUGUUGCUGCAUCUUCCA